AUGGACGGUGCGAUACCGGUAGAGCGCACGCACCUGGCCGCGCUGUUGCUGGUCAUGUUUGCGGCCGCGGCGGUGCCGGCGGUGUUGGCGGCGGUCCUCAAGAUGUUCUUCUCCGUAAGGCUUCGAUCGAGUCUCGUUCGCGACGAUCGCAGACGCUUUGUGGGAGUAUUCUUCUUUCUCGCUACCAAGGCUGUCUCUGUCCCUGCCUUCUGCGGCGGCGGACGCCUGUGCGAGCGCCGAGUUCACGCCCUCAAGGACGACGCUACCUCCACCGACGAUGACAGCUAUGAUGAUGACGGCCACCGCGACAACGAGGCCGCGCUCGAGCGUGGGGGGGGCGGAAAGACCAUAGGGGGCGACGCGCAAGAGGAAGGGGACCUACAGCGAGCCCCGUUGGGGGGAAGCAGCGGUAGACGCGGCCGUCCGACCACGCCGUCGGAGAGGGAUGGAGAAGAUGGUGGUCAUGGCGGCCGGGGAGGGAGAAGCGCCAAUAGAUUGGCGGACGGUGGCACGAGGAAGAGGACGGAACUCGACCUGCCGCCUAGGCACUGGAUGUGCACCGUCUGCAAGAAGGUUAACAUGUUGCCUGACGAGUGGAACGGCCGAGCCGGGAAGGACGUGCACGUCGUGAUAAAGCGGAAGGCGGUGGACACGCGUGCCAUGUACGGCCUCUUCAAGACCAAGCCCGGGGUACCGCUGUGCAGCAAGUGCCGCACGCCCUUCAACUACUCCUGGAGAAACGGGGGCGGCUCUGACAACUUGAUGCAGCAGCGACAGCAAAGGCUUCUGGACGCGGCGCUGUCCCGGCCCACAAACGCGGCAAGCACGGCGGUGGCGGCAGGAUCUGCAACAGAUCCGGCGCUAUCCGCGGCGGUGGACGGGCCCAUGGACGCAGAAAACGGAGGCGUUGCCGCCGCCGCCGUCCAUCGAAGGGUGUUGGCAAAGGCGGCCAGAUUCAUCCGUGCCCUUUGUUCACCAUGUAGACGAAGGCGUGCCGCGUCAAGCAAGCCUUUCGACGGUCGGGGCGGCUCCGACGCGGUGGAAGAGCCGGAGCUCUGGUACGGGAGGGAGUUCAGGCGGCAGCUCAUGACCUACUUCAAGCCGGAGCUCUCCCGACCGGCGGCCGGCGGGGAGCGGUACCCGGUCGGGGCCAGGGUGGCCUGCUUCGCCGGGAAGGACGCCUGGUACCCCGGCGCCGUCGCGGCCUCGCGGGAGAACGACACGUACGACGUGCGCUACGACAACGGGGACAUCGCCCAGCACGUGUUCUCGCACAUGAUCCGCUUCGAGCCCGUCCACGCCGACUCGCGCCUCACCUGCUGCUACUACGGCCUGGCCCUCGCCGCCGCUGCGGCUUGGCCGCUCGCGGGCUCGUGGUACUUCUCUUCGACUUCCGCUGCCACCGCCGCCGCCGCCUCCGCCGCCGCUUUGGUGGCCUUGCCGGCGCUGGUCGUGGGCACGGCCGGGACCCUUGCCGUAGCGUUCCAGUUCUGGGAGAUCUACGCGGACAAUAGGAGCACGGGCUUGUGUGUCGCGACCAAGUUCGCGGCGGUCUGGCAGUCGUAA